AUGGUCUCAUCCAGCAGAAAUGAAACGUUGCUACUAAUGUGCCUCAUAUUGUCUGUAACGGGGUUUGUUUCGGCAUCAAUUUUCCAACAUAAGCGAGUAACCAUCACAAUGUAUAAUGAAGUAGAUGGAAGCAAAGAUCUUAAUAUUAGCUGUAAGUCAGGGGAUAACCAUCUUGCUCUCCUAACGAUCAAACCAAAUGGCACCUACGUGUUCAGCUUUAGACCAGACUUCUUUGAGACUACGCGAUUUACAUGCAAAUUUGCGUGGGACAAGAACAAUUUCCAGUUCCCCAUUUUUGUAUAUGACAGAGAUCAUCCAGUGUGCAAUAUAUGCUUUUGGAAGAUUUUUACCACUGGACCAUGUGAGCUUAAUUAUGACACCAGCAAGUAUGAUUUGUGCCAUACCUGGAACGAAACGUCCAGUACUGUGCAGAAAAAGCUUUUGGAAUAUCACCAUAUCUGGUGA